UUCGGGAAAGUUCUAAAAUAAAGUUACUUUUUUAAUAAGAAAGUUAAGAGACACAUAGUAUUUGUUUUCAAAUCGGAAUUAACCAUGUAUAUAUAUUAACAAAACCUAUUAGACCGUGGCCAUGAAUUAUUUCAUCCCAAAUAUUCCCUUCUUCUCGCCCGAGGGUCGCAUCUAUACCGUGGAGUACGCCCUUGAGGAGGUGGCCAAGGCAAGCCCUAUUGUGGCCAUUUUGGCCAAAGACGGCAUCGUGAUUGCCGCUGAGCUCGAGGGUACAGAACCUCUCAGUACCAGGCGCGGGGAAGUUGACCAUUUCUUUAGGGUGGACCCUGACAAUUCCUGCGCUAUAACCGGCAAAAUGACGGAUGCUUACAAGUUGGUGUCGGCGAUGAUCAGCUACUCGCAUCGCCACCGAAAGAACUAUGGCGAGCUGAUACCCACGGAGAGGUUGGUGGAACUCAUUUGCAACAAAAAGCAAAGCUACACCAUGUACAUCGGGAAGCGACCCUUUGCCAUCUCGGUCAUCUACAUUGGCUGGGACAUGGAGAACGGUUGGCAGCUCUUUCAGUCCGAUCCCAGUGGCAAUUACAGCGGUUGGAAGACCGUCUGCAUUGGACGUAAUGCAAAAGAGGCCCAAGACUACCUCAAUAAGAAUCUCAUUGGCAAGCCACUGCCAUCCAUUGACACGGCCUUGGAAAUGUCUAUGAAGGCUCUUAAGGUGGCCAUGGGUAAUACCAAAAUGAACGGUACCAAUGUCCAAAUGGUCAAGAUCCAACGCAAAAACAACAUCACCGACUACAAGAUUUGGGGGGAGUCACAAAUUCCGGUGCUGUGGGACAAAUACUGCGCCAAUACUUAAGCUUCUUUAAGUCUGGUUUCUUAAUAUUAUAAGCCGCCUCGUGGAAUAUCGGUGUGCUU